AGCUGAAAGCUCUCCUCGAUGAAAUCACAGAAACUGAGAGCUACCCAGAACCCGGUAGCUAUUCUCAACUGCAAAUUCUAUGCAGUUUUUCACUUAGAAUAGCAAAGUUCUGUACUUUAUCUUGAUCUCAGAGCCAUCCAUUUCUUACUUUCCCUGAAAAAUGGCGGUGGCGCUUGGUGACUCUCCGCUGGUGAACCACUAUCCCGGUAUUCCACGGUUUGCUUCCAAGUUUCUCUUAACUAACAGAGGCAGAAACUAUCUUUCAUCAAUAUCCCAUGUUGAUUCCUCUAUUUUGGGUGGAAAAUCUCUUCGAGUUCAGGAACUGGGAGUUGGGACAUCGAGAUGUAGAGGUGGGGGUAGGCGGAGGAUGCUGGCUAGGGCUUCAUUGGGGGGUCUUCUGGGUGGGAUUUUCAAGGGAACUGAUACGGGAGAGGCCACGAAGCAGCAAUAUGCCGGGACUGUGAACGUGAUCAAUGGAUUGGAGUCGGAAAUGGCUGCUUUAACUGAUUCGGAAUUGAGAGAAAGGACUUCUAUUUUGAAGGAACGAGCUGUUCAAGGCGAAUCUCUGGAUUCCGUUUUACCUGAAGCAUUUGCUGUUAUAAGAGAGGCUUCCAGAAGGGUACUUGGCCUCCGUCCCUUUGAUGUUCAACUGAUAGGUGGCAUGGUUCUUCAUAAGGGAGAAAUAGCUGAAAUGAGGACUGGUGAAGGAAAGACCCUUGUUGCUAUUUUACCAGCUUAUUUGAAUGCACUAAGUGGAAAAGGAGUUCAUGUGGUCACUGUAAAUGAUUAUCUGGCAAGACGAGAUUGUGAGUGGGUUGGUCAAGUUCCUCGCUUUCUUGGGUUGAAGGUUGGCCUAAUACAACAGAACAUGACAAGUGAACAAAGAAGAGAAAAUUACUUGUGUGACAUCACAUAUGUUACCAAUAGUGAACUAGGUUUUGAUUACUUGAGAGACAAUCUUGCCACGGAAAGUAAUUCUUGCUUUAUUAAUAUGUUGAGUGUGGAGGAACUUGUCUUGAGGGAUUUUAACUAUUGUAUCAUUGAUGAGGUUGAUUCCAUCCUGAUCGAUGAAGCAAGAACACCUCUCAUCAUAUCUGGGCCUGCAGAAAAACCUAGUGAUCGUUAUUACAAAGCUGCAAAAAUAGCUUCAGCUUUUGAACGAGAUAUACAUUACACUGUGGAUGAGAAGCAGAAAACAGUUCUACUUACAGAACAGGGUUAUGAGGAUGCUGAAGAAAUUCUGGAUGUAAAAGACUUGUAUGAUCCACGAGAACAAUGGGCAUCUUACGUUUUGAAUGCAAUAAAAGCAAAAGAACUAUUUCUCAGAGAUGUAAACUAUAUCAUCCGUGGCAAGGAAGUGCUUAUUGUAGAUGAGUUCACUGGUCGAGUUAUGCAGGGGAGGAGAUGGAGUGAUGGACUUCAUCAAGCAGUUGAAGCAAAAGAAGGUUUGCCCAUUCAAAAUGAAACAGUAACUUUGGCAUCAAUUAGCUAUCAGAACUUUUUCCUGCAGUUCCCAAAACUUUGUGGGAUGACUGGCACGGCAGCAACUGAAAGCACAGAAUUUGAGAGCAUAUACAAGCUUAAAGUUAGUAUUGUCCCUACAAACAAACCCAUGAUUAGAAAGGAUGAGUCCGAUGUAGUAUUUAAGGCAGUUAUAGGAAAGUGGCGGGCAGCAGUUGUAGAAAUUUCUAGAAUGCACAAGACAGGUCGCCCGGUACUUGUUGGCACAACCAGUGUUGAGCAAAGUGACUCAUUGUCAGAGCAGUUGCAAGAAGCUGGAAUCCCCCAUGAGGUUCUGAAUGCAAAACCAGAGAAUGUAGAGAGAGAAGCAGAGAUUGUAGCACAGAGUGGUCGUCUAGGGGCUGUAACAAUUGCCACAAAUAUGGCAGGUCGUGGAACAGAUAUAAUCCUCGGUGGCAAUGCAGAAUUCAUGGCAAGGCUGAAGCUUCGUGAAAUGCUCAUGCCAAGAGUUGUUGAGCCAGCAGAUGGAGUUUUCGUAUCCGUGAAGAAACUUCCUCCAAUGAAGACCUGGAAGGUCAAUGAGAAGUUAUUUCCUUGCAAACUAUCCAGCAAGAAUGAGAAAUUGGCUGAGGAUGGUGUAGAAUUAGCUGUUAAAACAUGGGGAAAGAGAUCCUUAACUGAGCUGGAAGCUGAGGAACGCUUGUCAUAUUCUUGUGAAAAGGGCCCUGCUCAGGAUGAAGUCAUAGCUAGGCUUCGAAGUGCCUUCUUAGAAAUUGCUAGAGAAUAUAAGGUCUACACCGAGGAAGAAAGGAAGCAGGUAGUUGCAGCUGGAGGGCUUCACGUGAUUGGGACAGAACGCCAUGAAUCACGCCGAAUAGAUAAUCAGCUGAGAGGCCGAUGUGGCAGGCAAGGGGAUCCUGGAAGUUCACGCUUUUUCCUAAGUCUUGAAGAUAACAUCUUUCGGAUUUUUGGUGGAGAUAGAAUUCAGGGUCUGAUGAGAGCUUUCAGAGUUGAUGACCUGCCAAUUGAAUCCAAGAUGCUUACUAAAGCACUGGAUGAAGCUCAGCGGAAAGUGGAAAACUACUUUUUUGAUAUCCGGAAGCAAUUAUUUGAGUAUGACGAGGUGUUGAACAGUCAAAGAGAUCGUGUCUAUACAGAAAGAAGACGAGCUCUCAUAUCUGACAAUCUCCAAUCUCUUAUUAUUGAAUAUGCUGAAUUGACGAUGGAUGACAUCCUAGAGGCAAAUAUUGGUCCUGAUGCUCCAAAUGAAAGCUGGGAUCUUGAAAAGCUCAUUGCAAAAGUUCAACAGUAUUGCUACCUGUUGAAUGAUUUGACCCCAGAUGUUUUAAGGAGCCAGAGUUCAAGCUAUGAAGAAUUGCAAAAUUACCUUCGUCUUCGUGGUCGUGAAGCAUAUUUGCAGAAAAGGGAUAUAGUGGAGAAACAAGCACCAGGAUUGAUGAAAGAAGCUGAGAGGUUUUUAAUUUUGAGUAAUAUUGAUCGCUUAUGGAAAGAACAUUUACAAGCUCUCAAGUUCGUGCAGCAGGCUGUUGGUUUACGUGGCUAUGCACAACGUGAUCCACUUAUCGAGUAUAAGCUAGAAGGCUAUAAUCUCUUUUUAGAUAUGAUGGCACAGAUUAGAAGAAAUGUGAUAUAUUCCAUAUACCAGUUCCAACCGGUGCUGGUAAAGAAGGAUGAGAAGGAGAGAUCUGGUAAGGCUAUUGCAAAUGGCAGUGCUAACAACAAGAAUCCAAAUGCAGUUAAUGCAGCAGAGUCAUCUGCUUCAACUGCCAGCCCCCAAGCUAGUGCAUAGGACUGAUAUCAGUUGGAAUUCUUUGGAGAGGACAUUAACAAGAGAAUCAUCAGCCUGAUUCCAUCGUAUAAUCACAAGAUUCGUUAAUAGGGUGUAUGGAUUGAUUGUUACACCAUAGUGAACCACACUACUAUAAAACUAAGGCCAGAAGAAGCACAAUGUAACUCAGCACAAUGUAACUCAUUCUGGAUGAUCAAUGUAAAAUUUUGGCCCUUUUUUUUUUUUUUCUUUCUUGUUAUCCAUUCUCAUGGUAAUAUUCACAAUCAG